AUGGGUUUUUUAUCAAGGGAGUACGAUCAGAUACUUUGUGAAGUUCUAUUCGACCCGUCCUCUGCCACCGUCUACAAAGUGCUCUCAGCUCAGCGCAAAGGUUUCGAAGAGGCGCGAUUCUACGAAAGCGUCUUCUCAACCACGUCAACGUGCCCGUUUUUGCGGCGUUUGAAAGCCUUUCUUCCUGCCUAUCGCGGACUUUUCUACCAGGUUGAUACACAUCAUUAUCUGGUGGGUCUGGAAGACAUGCUUAAUGGCAUGGAACACCCAAAUGCAAUGGAUCUGAAACUGGGUCGAGUUAGCUACACACCAGAUGCCACACCCGCAAAGGUCUCCACGGAGAAAGCCAAGUACCCUUGGCGACGAAAACUUGGCUUUUUUAUCACCGGCAUUCGGGUCGAUGGUGUCUUUUAUGACCGUGUCUACGGGAAGUCGAUUGGGCCGACAACAGUCUACGAAAAAGGUGUGCGUGUCUUUCUGGGUGGUGACGACGUGACGCGUCGCACCCUAUUGGCUAGAGCAUUUCUUGAUCGUCUGAGACAACUGACUGAUUGGUUCGAGGAACAAAUGCGCUACCGAUUCGUCGCAUCAUCCCUCUUCUUGUGCUACGAUUGGUCGGAGCCAAGGUCGCCUGGUGAUCUAGCCUUACCCAAUGAUCGUUUCCUUCGAGUCUAUUUGAUCGAUUUUGCCAGGUGGUCAGAGCUGCUCGAUGGCUGUGUCCCCUCGCUGGAUUUUAAUGUGCUUUACGGACUACAUCGACUUCUAAAACUUUUUAGGCGUGCUGCUCAACUGGAAACUGCUAAGACCACGAAGGUGAUUGAUUCGGGACGCAACAACAGCAACCUCCUGUCCCCCUCGCCGUGUAGCCUGCCUUCAUCUCCCACCCACAAAACCUACACUGCCUAG